ACGCGCACGUAGCACAACAAUAUACCGCCGAGUUGCCACGGAGGGAAAUUGCUCGACACGGAAAUCACGUUUCAUGACAGUUUGCCAUCAAUCUGAAACAUAUUCCUUGAGAUUAUUGAGAAUGUAUUCCUCGAUUUCAUUAGCCAUCCUACUGUUUGUAGGUUGUGCCUAUGCGGAACUCGAUUCUCCUUGUUUCCGUCCGGAAUUCAACCAAAAAUUCAAGGAAGUGAGGACAUAUCCACGACCCCACUGGGAUGUCAGCCCCGAUGACCUGCCCACUGCCUGGGACUGGCGCAACGUUAAUGGGGUGAACUACGCGAGCACGACGCGCAACCAGCACAUCCCUCAGUACUGCGGCAGUUGCUGGUCCAUGGGUACCACUAGCUCUAUGGCAGAUCGUAUUAACAUCAAGCGAAAGGGUGCCUUCCCCUCCGCGUACCUGUCACCCCAGAACGUCAUCGACUGUGGUAAUGCUGGCAGCUGUGAUGGAGGUGGUGACUUGGGGGUCUAUGCUUACGCCAAAUCACAUGGCAUACCGGACGAGACCUGCAAUAACUACCAGGCCAAAAAUCAAGAUUGUAAACCAUUCAAUCAGUGUGGAACCUGCACAACCUUUGGUGAGUGUGCGGCGAUCAAUGCUGCAAAUUACACCGUCUGGAAAGUGGCCGACUAUGGAUCGCUGAACGGCCGGGCAAAGAUGAUGGCCGAGAUCCACAAGAAUGGACCAAUCAGUUGUGGGAUCGACGCCACCAAAAAACUGCAGCAGUUCCGAGGCGGCAGGAUUUACGAGGAGUACAACCCAACCCCAGGGAUUGACCACAUUGUGGCUGUAGCAGGAUGGGGCGUUGAGAACAGCACCGAGUUUUGGAUUGUCCGCAACUCCUGGGGCGAGCCUUGGGGUGAGCAAGGAUGGUUCCGGAUUGUCACCAGUCAGUACAAGGGCGGCAAGGGUGACGAUUACAACCUAGCCAUUGAGAAGAGCUGUUCCUUCGGUGAUGUCAUCGUUAAUUGAGCGUGCCAGUCUUCCUUUGUCUUCAAUCGGAAACUUUAGCAAAUUGUUCCUUCAGAAUCUUGCUUAAUUACAUAUCAAAUAUGCAUAUACCCAGAACCAAAGUAUUUUGUACAGGUUGUCCCACAAAACACCUAACCGUCGAACCGGGCAUGUUUUCAGAAAAGUGUUGGUAGUAUUCAAAAUCGUGUUGAAUGUAUUGCUGAGUAAAAUAAUUUGUCUGCCAAAUGCUUUUAGGCC